UGGUUUUGUGUAUGAGAGACAGGUUUCUCAGCAACAUCCUUUUUGGAACAAGAUAAUUCUAACACGUCUCUCUUUUUCCACAAUGCUCAAAUCUUUAGCCUUAGCCUUACCAUUUUCUUCUUCUUCUUCUUCUUCUUCUUCUUCCACUGUUUCUUCUCUGCUUCUUCCAAUUUCAUCUUCUCUCUCCAAAUCCAAUUUCAGAAUCAAACCCAUCUCCCCCUUCCCUCAAACCCUAAGACUCGCCUCUCCACAGCGCCCCUCCAUGAAUCUCUUGAACAAGUUCGGAUUCGGGACCAGAGCCACCGAGGCUUCGUCGGAGUCGUCGGCGAUUGCGCAGGGCCCCGACGAUGAUAUUCCGGCUCCGGGGCAGCAGUUCGCCCAAUUUGGGGCUGGCUGCUUCUGGGGCGUCGAGUUGGUGUUUCAGAGGGUGCCCGGCGUGACCAAGACGGAGGUCGGUUACACCCAAGGCCACCUCCAUAACCCCACCUAUGAGGAUGUUUGUUCUGGGAAGUCCUACCACUCCGAGGUCGUUCGGGUGCAGUAUGAUCCUAAAGAGUGCAGUUACGAGUCCCUUCUCGAUGCCUUCUGGGCUCGGCAUGAUCCCACUACUCUUAAUCGGCAGGGGAAUGAUGUGGGAACACAAUACAGAUCUGGCAUAUACUUCUACACUCCUGAACAAGAGAAAGCGGCUCGCGAGUCAAUGGAACGCCACCAGAAGUUAUUGAACAGGAAGAUCGUGACUGAGAUUCUUCCUGCCAAGAAGUUCUACCGGGCAGAGGAAUAUCAUCAGCAAUAUCUCGAGAAAGGUGGCCGGUUUGGCUUCAAGCAAUCUGCUGCUAAAGGCUGCAAUGACCCAAUCCGAUGCUACGGUUAGUUAAAUUAGUCUUUGCAGUUAAUAUUAUUUUCCAGCUACAAGAUAAUGGUAUUCUGUAUGCAAUUAUGACUAGAUUAGACAAGCUCUAUCUGACUUGCUUGUAAUAAAAAUCCCGAAUGUAUGUAUCUAUCUGUAAUUGGUUCGGCUUAUCAAUGAACAAAUUCAUAGUUACAAGGAUGCUUUCCCCCAA